UUUAGCACGAGGGGGAGGCCCUGAAUCUCAGUCACUCAUCUUUCUCCAAAGGGAAUUCGCGCAUAGUUGGAAAGUUAGCAGUCUGAGCGGCAGUGUUUUCAUUUAAUUGUUUUCAUAUCCGAUAACUUCUCAUUCACGUCCUUGCGAGUUUACCAACGAGGUAAGCGAGGCUAACAUGACAAAAAUCCUGUUAGCUUACAGCGUUGUUAAAUCCCUGAGACAAGGAUGUGCGCUGGGCAGGAGAGUGGGGAACACGUCGCCCUGGCUGAGACUUCAAACUACUCGGCAUUUCAGUGUGAAGGCCCAGACAGCUCACCUGGUCUUGGAGGAUGGCACCAGGAUGAAAGGGUUUUCCUUUGGGCACGAUUCCUCUGUAGCCGGGGAGCUGGUCUUCAAUACUGGACUGGUGGGGUACCCCGAGGCUCUGACUGACCCCAGCUACAGAGGGCAGAUCCUCACCCUAACCUACCCAAUUGUCGGAAACUAUGGGGUACCAAACACCCAGGAGCUGGAUGAGCUCGGCCUGAGAAAAUAUGUGGAGUCAGAGCGCAUCCAGGUAUCUGGUCUCCUGGUUCAAGACUACAGCCAUGAGUACAGCCACUGGAACUCUGUAAAGUCAUUGGGACAAUGGCUACAAGAAGAGAAGGUUCCUGCACUGUUUGGAAUAGACACCCGGAUGCUGACCAAGGUCAUCAGAGACAAGGGCACAGUUUUGGGGAAGAUUGAGUUUGAUGGGCAGCCUGUCGAGAUAUCUGACCCCAACCAGAAAAACCUGGUAGCAGAGGUCUCAACCAAGGAAACCAAGGUUUUUGGAAAAGGAAACCCAAUAAAGGUGGUGGCGGUUGAUUGUGGUAUUAAACAUAACAUCAUUCGACUGUUGGUUAAGAGGGGUGCAGAGGUCCACCUCGUACCGUGGAAUCAGGACUUGGUGAGUCUAGAAUACGACGGCCUGUUCAUCUCCAACGGACCAGGAGAUCCAUCUCUGGCCAACACGCUUGUGGAAAAUGUCCGCAAGGUUCUGGAGGUCGAUCGUCCCCAGCCAGUGUUUGGGAUAUGUAUGGGUAACCAGAUAACUGCUCUGGCUGCAGGAGCAAAAUCAUAUAAGCUACCCAUGGGCAACAGAGGGCAGAACCAGCCGGUGCUGAAUGUGAUGACAGGUCAGGCCUUCAUUACGGCACAGAACCACGGCUACGGCAUAGACAGCGAGUCCCUGCCCCCGGGGUGGAGUCCGCUUUUCGUCAACGCCAAUGAUGGCACCAACGAGGGCAUCAUGCACAACACUAAGCCUGUCUUCACUGCCCAGUUCCACCCGGAGGCUAAAGGUGGUCCCACUGACACAGAGUUCCUCUUUGAUACCUUCAUAUCUUUGAUCAAGAAAGGAAAAGAUGCAAACAUCAUGUCUGUCAUGCCCAAGAAACCAGACCUCCCUCCCAGAGCCAAGGUGUCAAAGGUGCUUGUUCUGGGCUCUGGUGGUCUUUCUAUUGGUCAGGCUGGAGAGUUUGACUACUCUGGGUCUCAAGCCAUUAAGGCCAUGAAGGAGGAGAACCUGAAAACAGUGCUUAUGAACCCAAACAUUGCCUCAGUUCAGACCAAUGAGGUGGGCACCAAGCAGGCGGAUUCCGUCUACUUCCUGCCUGUCACCCCAGACUUUGUGACUGAAGUCAUCAAGACCGAGCGUCCGGACGGCAUCCUGCUGUCCAUGGGUGGUCAGACUGCACUCAACUGUGGAGUCGAAUUAUUCCAGCGUGGCGUCCUGGAGAAAUAUGGUGUAAAGGUCCUAGGAACCCCAGUGGAGUCCAUUAUGGCCACAGAGGACAGACAACUUUUUGCUGACAAGCUGAUGGAGAUCAACGAGAAGAUUGCACCCAGUAUCGCUGUGGAAUCGGUAUCUGAUGCCUUGAAAGCGGCAGAGAAGAUUGGUUACCCAGUGAUGUUACGAUCAGCCUAUGCCCUGGGAGGUCUGGGCUCUGGUUUGUGUGCCAACAAAGAAAAGCUGGAAGAAACCGCCCACAAGGCUCUGGCCAUGAGCAGUCAGAUCCUGGUGGAGAAGUCUCUGCUGGGCUGGAAGGAGGUGGAAUAUGAAGUGGUGAGAGAUGUGGCUGAUAACUGCGUCACCGUCUGCAACAUGGAGAACUUCGACCCACUGGGCAUUCACACAGGUGAUUCCAUAGUGGUGGCACCAAGCCAGACACUUUCCAACGAGGAGUACCACAUGCUCCGAGAGACGGCCAUCAAAGUUGUUCGUCACCUUGGCAUCGUAGGCGAAUGCAACAUCCAGUACGCGCUGCACCCCUCGUCCCUGGAGUACUGCAUCAUUGAGGUUAACGCCCGGCUCUCCAGAAGCUCCGCUCUGGCGUCCAAAGCCACUGGGUAUCCCUUGGCUUUCGUUGCUGCUAAGCUGGCUCUGGGCAUCCCCCUGCCUGAGAUCAAGAACGCUGUAUCGCAGAAGACCACGGCCUGCUUUGAGCCCAGUCUGGACUACAUCGUCACCAAGAUCCCCCGCUGGGACCUGGACCGCUUUCAGGGCAUGUCCCAUGAAAUAGGCAGUGCCAUGAAGAGUGUUGGAGAGGUGAUGGCAGUGGGUCGGACCUUUGAGGAAAGCAUGCAGAAGGCCCUGAGGAUGUGUCACCCAUCAGUGGAUGGCUUUAUGCCCCGGCUGCCACUCAAGAAAGCCUGGGCCGACACCCAGGACCUGCAACAGGAACUUGCUGUGCCCUCCAGCACCCGCAUCUUCUCCAUCGCCAAGUCCCUCCACAGUGGAAUGAGUGUCGAUCAGAUCCACCAGCUGACAGCCAUAGACAAGUGGUUCCUCCACAAGCUCCGUGGGAUAACACAGCUGGAGCAGCACCUGGCAAACUACAGGAGUGGUGCAGUACCUGAUGGUCUGCUGCUGAGGGCCAAGCAGGACGGCUUCUCAGAUCGGCAGGUUGGUCAGAUUCUGGGCUCUAAUGAGAGAGCAGCCAGAGAGCUGAGGCUCAGUCACGGCAUCAAACCCUGGGUCAAACAGAUUGAUACCUUGGCUGCAGAGUAUCCAGCCAUGACCAACUACCUGUACUGUACUUAUCACGGUCAGGAGCAUGAUCUGGAGUUUAAUGACCAGGGAAUCAUGGUUCUUGGUUGUGGGCCGUAUCAUAUUGGGAGCAGUGUUGAGUUUGACUGGUGUGCGGUGUCCAGCAUCAGAGCUCUGAGACAGAUGGGCAAGAAGACGGUGGUGGUCAACCACAACCCUGAGACUGUCAGCACUGACUUUGACGAGUGUGACCGCCUUUACUUCGAAGAGCUGACCCUGGAGCGCAUCCUGGACAUCACCCAACAGGAGGGUUGCUCCGGCAGCAUUGUUUCAGUCGGUGGGCAGAUUCCAAACAACCUGGCCGCCCCGUUGCACCUGAACGGGGUGAAGAUUCUGGGGACGAGCCCCCUGCAGAUCGACCGGGCUGAGGAGCGCUCCGUCUUUUCCAGUAUACUCGAUGACCUCGGGGUGGCUCAAGCUCCAUGGAGGGCCCUCAGCUCCCUGGAAGAUGCUUUUACCUUUGCCAAUGAGGUGGGCUACCCUUGUCUGCUGCGCCCCUCCUAUGUUCUCAGUGGUUCUGCUAUGAACGUUGCGUACGGAGAGGAGGAGAUGAAACGCUUUUUGGAAGAGGCCGCGCAGGUGUCUCAGGAGCAUCCAGUGGUCAUCACCAAGUUCAUCCGCGGUGCCAGGGAAGUGGAGGUUGACGCUGUGGCCAAGGGUGGGAAGGUUCUGGUCCAUGCCAUAACAGAGCAUGUGGAAGAUGCCGGGGUUCACUCCGGAGAUGCAACUCUGAUGCUUCCAACCCAGAAGAUUAGCCAGGGGGCGCUAGAAAAGGUUAAGAUUGCCACUCAGAAAAUCGCGCAAGCAUUUGAAAUUUCAGGGCCCUUUAACACUCAAUUUCUGGUUAAAGGCAAUGAUGUCAUGGUGAUUGAGUGUAAUCUGCGUGCAUCACGCUCCUUCCCUUUUGUCUCGAAAACGAUCGGUGUGGACUUCAUCAAUGUCGCAACCAAAGUGAUGGUGGGAGAGCCUUUGGAUGAGGCCAGCCUGCCCUCACUGCAGAAACCCAUCAUUCCUGUUGACUUUGUCGGCAUCAAGGCCCCCAUGUUCUCCUGGCCACGGCUGAGGGAUGCAGACCCCGUGCUUCGCUGCGAGAUGGCCUCAACUGGAGAAGUAGCGUGUUUUGGACCAAACAUUUAUUCAGCCUUCCUGAAGGCUAUGCUCUCCACAGGCUUCAAGUUACCGCAGAAGGGCAUCCUGAUUGGGAUUCAGCUUUCGUUCCGACCCAAUUUCCUGGCUACAGCCCACCAGCUGAAAGAGGAGGGAUUCAAGCUCUAUGCUACUGAAGCCACGUCUGCCUGGCUGUGUGCCAAUGAUGUGCCUGCUUCUCCUGUCGCCUGGCCCUCUCAGAAGGGAGGGGAAACCAGUUUGCCCGGCAUUCAGAGACUGAUCACCGAGGGUCAUAUCGACCUGGUGGUGAACUUGCCCAAUAACAACACUCGCCACAUAAAGGACAACUUCGCUAUUCGCAGAAUGGCUAUCGACCAUGGCGUUCCCCUCAUCACCAAUUACCAGGUGGUCAAGAUGUUUGCAGAAGCUAUUCGCUACGCGGGUGAGCUCGACACCACAAGCCUCUUCCACUACCGGCAGAAAGAUGACGAGCAAAGACGGGCCAGCCAGCCGAGCUAAAGUUUCUUUACCGGCCCUUUGUAAAACAGACUUAUUUCAGUGGCAGGAGAUGCAGUCUGACAGGAGUUACCUCUACCAAAUCACAUAAAUGAAUUAUAGACCAUUAACAAACAACUUUGGGGCUGCCAGGUUGAACACCUGAUUAAUGACAACACAUAGUUGUAAUGGUUGAGUUAGUACAGUAAUUAAAGUCUGGAAACGUAAAUAUGAAUACGUUACUAAAAACUGUAAUUCAGACCGGACGCUCUGCAGAUAUUUCAUGGAAGGUCAGAGGUCAAACAGUCUUUCCAGAAACCUCCUUAACAACUAACACAGAAAAAAAUGUCAUGCAAUAGUAUCAAUCAGAAAUGUUUAACAACCUGGUAAACCAACAGUUAUCCAUAUUAAUGGCUUAUAAAAUGAGCUGUAAAGCAUUAAAGACCUUCAGUUAUAACUUGUACCUCUCUUAUGAAGGCUGACCAGUUAGGGUAUUUACACAGCUGGUGUUAACAAUGUUUUUAUCUGUUGAUUAUGAUCAGUGUUUUAUUUUAUUUUUUUAAGGUCCUCUGUGAAUAUGAUGAAAGUUUUUAACUCUCUCUUUCUCAGCACUCUCAUAAUACCAAACGUUGGGCCAAAUGCCUUUUUUAAAAAAAAAAAAAAAAAUGAAUUGUUUUCAAAUCAAAUAUUUCUGUUUUAAAUUUAAAAUGUCAAAACUCUACAUCAUAGUGAAAGUGUACUAUAUGCCUGGCUCUAGAUGACAAAUGUUGAUAAGGUUGCUGUAAUGAGGGAAAGACUUUUUUUUUAUGAGAAGACGAGUCGUAGCCUGAAGCCCUGGAGCUUUAAAGUUUGAGGUUGAUGACAGCUGAUCUGUUUAUUUAUAUUUAGAUUUGUGUGUGUGUGUGUGUGUGUGUGUGUGUGUGUGUGUGUGUGUGUGUGUGUGUGUGCUGGAUGUCUCAAACUGAGUGUGUUUGAACCUGCUCUGCAUUUUAAAAUGGUGCAUUUAAUUCUGUAUAGCAAUAAUCCCCAACUCUUACAGUCUGCUGCACAUGUUUAUGUUUUUGUAAGAAUUUAUUGACACACAAUGAAGUUUUCUCUUGGUCACAUGGUGUCUGCUCGCUCUCUCUCUCUCUCUCUCGCUCGCUCUCUGUGUGUGUGUGUGUGUGUGUGUGUGUAUACACAUGUAUACACCUCAUUACGUCUUCCUGGGACACAAGAUAGUGUACUGUAAGGUACAAAAUCAAACAGUUUGGUACCAGAGGUUAUCAGAAAAUCUACCACAUUGACUCUGAAACAGGAAAUUGUGUUUACCGUAGUGUAGUUGUAUAUAUUGGCAACAGUACACUUUCAGAAAUACCAACAAAAGAACAGAAAUAUGGAGCCAAGUAAGCUUAACUGCGGUAUGUACCUUUUCACUUAAAUUGGGGUGUCAAAGCGUUACAUGUACACCUAAGAAAGUGAAGAAUGUCUGUGGUACUGUCUGCUUCUGUCAAAUCAGAAGCAAUGCCAUUCUUAUCAGGAGAAAUUUAUGGUUGCCCUGAGAGCUCGACAGCUUGAGCAGCAACUUAAGACCGAAGCGAAUUAAUUCAACAAAAUGUAACUUCCUGGAGUAGGAUGAAUGAAGACGUUCAAUCUCAAAUACUGACGCUUUGGAUGAGACUCACCGAUCACUUGUCUUUCUCCAGGAAAUUGCUGCCUUCAGAAAACACCACCAAUUUGGCAACAAUUGUGCAUCAAGCCAGGAACAUUUCUUAACAAAGUGUACUGCAUUACUCAUUUUAAAUGUACUGGUUGUUACGCCCAGGGAAGAAGGAGAUCAUUUUGGAUUUCUUUUAAAAUAAAAUACUAACGAUUC